AUGGCGUUGCAGGCUUUGGCGGAAGCUGUGUGGGCCAUCCCCACCAGCCAGCUCGCCUGGGGCAUGAUCGCAGCUGCUGUGGUGACGUUCUUCAUGCUGCUGUUCGGCCCGGUAGCGCCGUACUCGAGGGCAGGCUGGGGCUUCCUCAUCAGCCCCAAGCUGGCGUGGGUCACACAGGAGAUGUGGAGCUUCCUGGUGCCGGCCGCCUGGCUGGCCUUCUACGCCACCCCCGAGCAGUGGGAGCGUGUGGGCGAGCCCGCCAACGGGUUGCUCAUGGCCAUGUUCCUCCUGCACUACUUCCACCGCGACUUCAUCUUCCCGCUGCGGCUGCGUGGCAGCAAGCCCACGCCGUUUGUGGUCUGGCUCAUGGCCUCCGUGUUCUGCGUGUACAACGGCUACAUGCAGGCGAGGCGGGCGGGGCGCCGGGGCGCCCCCACCAAGGCGCCCAUCACCGACCGCACCCUGACGGGCGCCGUCAUCUGGCUCAUGGGCUGGCUCAUCAACCUGGAGGCGGACAACAUCCUGAUCAACCUGCGCAAGCCGGGGGAGACGGGGUACAAGAUCCCCCGCGGCGGCAUGUUUGAGCGCGUGUCGGCGGCCAACUACUUUGGAGAGAUUGUGGAGUGGUGCGGCUUCGCCCUCGCAGCCUACCCCAGCCUGCCCGCAGCCGCCUUUGCGCUCUUCAGCUUUGCCAACCUGGCGCCACGCGGCUGGCGGCACCACCUCUGGUACAAGGCCAAGUUUGGGGCGCGAUAUCCGCCGGAGAGGAACGCCAUCAUUCCAUACAUCUGGUGA